AUGGCAAAGAAAGCUUGUUCAGUCGUUGCUAAGGGCCACGAAGAAGGAAUCAAAUUAGCAACAUCAAUCUUGAAUGAGUUUGGACUUCCACCCGGACUUCUUCCACUAGUUGAUGUAAUCAAAGUUACUUUUGUUCGAAGCACCGGUUACAUGACGAUCUUGCAAAAGAAGAAAGUUGAACACAAGUUUGAAUUGAUUGGAAAGUUGGUGAGUUAUGAUACUGAAAUCAAUGGUUACUUGUUGAAUAACAAAAUUAAGAAGCUUAAAGGUGUGAAAGCUAAAGAAGUCAUGCUUUGGCCUCCUGUGUAUGAAAUUAGAGUUGAUGAAGCAUCUACCGGAAAGAUUCACUUCAAGGGUUUUGCUGGGAUUGUCAAAACCUUUCCAGUUGAAGCUUUUGCUACAGAAAAUUAA